CGGCCUCGACAAAGAAUCGACGUGACACUGCCGGGGCGACCACGCAUACGAGACUGCUGCCUCCUGGUCGUGAAGAGAUCCAACGUUUGAUGUGAUACCAGAGGGGCUGAUGCAAAUCUGCCCUUGAGGCAGCACAGAUGCAAGAGGUUUCGACGACCUAUUGUCCCUGUAAUAGAUGGCAUUUCGUUAUCAAGCCAAAGCCGAAUGGACACGCACUACGACAUAUCGGACCUGUGCGUGCGCGCAAGGGUCUCCAACGUACAUGGCUUCGGCAAGAACGACUCCCGCCGGCUUCUGCAUGCGCUCUUGGUGCGGCGGCCGCCUUCCUGUUGGACUCUCUGGCACGCGGCGACCUUUAUGAUUGGCUCUGGACGUGGUCGUGUGUGAAGACGAGAUUGAAUGCUCGCUGGACAAUAAAAUGUAUAUUGUACGAAGUGUAUACAAAUAUCUAGUCAGAAUAAAACAUUGGAAUUUCACGACGCACCAAUGAAACACAAGAUUUUGCCG